AUGGCGGAGACUGGCACAAGCCGCCCGCCCGCCUCUGGCACCGACGCCGGCGACUUCCCGGAGCUCCUAGGUUUCUGCGCGCGCGCGGAGGCCCUCAUCGCUGAGCUGCUCCUGCUCUCCGACCGCGCACCUCCGCUGUUCGCAGACCGCCGCUUCGACCCCGUCCUCUUCGACUUCCGACUCCUUUCUGAUGGCGCCGUCACUUACCACGGAGAGCUCUGCAAUUACCUGAAUGAUCUGCAGGAAGGGUUAUAUGUCCACUGCACAUUAGAUCAUGUGUUGGAGAAUAACUGCGCAUGCCAGUUACUCGUGGAGUCAAUGACUCUGUUCGGAUGCAUGAUUCUUAUAAUGGAACACAAAAUUGGUGGGUUGCUGCGCGAGAGGCUCCUUGUGGCACACCUGCGGUACAAACGCUGUUUUAGCUAUCCCAAUCUGGAGCAGAUAUGUUCCUUAUUUUUAGCUGACUUGGAUAUUCACAUGCAUGCCAUAAACAAGGAGUAUGUGCUCAAUAAUUCUCAGAGUCUUCUUUCUGUCAUUAGAGAAUGCAAUUUCACUCUCCGUUGGCUUUUGCUUCACCGCAUGAACAAUCUGGCUAUAGAAGGCCUGAGGAGGCAGCAGUGCGAUCAUCUCUCUAGAAGAGAUUCUGACCAAAGACAAGAGAUGUUGAUUCCGAGAUAG